AUGGUCAGGAAAAGUGCAAAAGAAGAUAAAAGACAGUUCAUACAAGAGAUGAUAGCGGAGGCAGAAACUGCAGCACAACAAGGAAAAAUGAAGAGGCUCUAUGAAGUAACCAGGGCCAAAUCAGGCAAAAAUAUUAAUCCCAACAAACCAGUAAAGGAUAAAGUAGGAAAUAUCUUAACAAGUGACACAGAACAGAGAGACAGAUGGAUAUUAAAGCAAACAGGUGGUAGCUUAAGGUCAACUAUGGGCGUUCAAGUAAACAAUGGUAAAUGGGAAAGCUCAGUUGAUGUGAAAGAAGAGCUAAAGUCAAUUGCAGAUAGCAGCUCACUUACAAAUAAAAAUUUAGGUUCAGGAUGGUUCGUCUUGGCAUUUCUGCUGUUCAACAGUACAGUAGGAGGUGCACUUUUAAACCUCCCCAUCUCCUACCAUCAUGCUGGCGGGGUGUUCAUUGGGAUCUUUUUACAACUCGUUGUACCUGUGUUUAUCCUGCCCUCUCUGUACACCCUCAUCCACUGUUCUGAUAUAAAGGGAAGCAACACCUACCAAGACGUGGUCCUGGCUAUAUGUGGCCCUAAAGCCCAACUGGCUUGUGCUAUUUGUGUACUAAUGACAGCAUUUUGUACUUGUAUAUCGUUCCUGGUUAUAAUCGGUGACAUAUGGGAGCUUGUUUUUCUAAAUAUAGCCCGUGACACUUACUGUACUACAAAUCCAUUUUACAUGACCAGAACCUUUAUGAUAUCAGUCACGUCUAUAGCCUUCAUACUGCCAAUGUGUUUUCCUAAAAGAAUUGAUUUUUUAAGAUAUACGAGUAUCAUCGGUGUUGUUGGUGUAUUUUACAUUGUUGGACUUGUCGCCAUCAAAUAUGUCCAGGCUCAUGAUAACCAAGGAAAGAUUGCUAUUCGUCCACAUUCCUGGAUGGAUGUUAUACUUGUUGUUCCAGAUAUUUGCUUUGCAUAUCAGUGUCAAAUCGCCUUAGUUCCAAUCUACUCUUGUAUGGCCAAGCGUAACAUGAGAGAGUUCUCUAAAACAGUAACACUUUCCAUGGUAUUGUUUGUCGUAACAUACACGGUCACUGCGUCUCUGGGAUAUCUACAGUUUGGUGAAAAUGUAACAAAUGACAUAUUGCUGUCAUUUAACCCCACGACUGAUGUGAUGGUGGCUGUUGUUCUUUUUGCGGUCAAAACGUACACAACCUACCCUAUAAAUUGCUUCUGUGGAAAGGCAGCGUUUGACACAGUGUGGGGCGUGUUGUGGAAAAUGAGCCCAGAAGAAAUUUUGUACAGAGAAAAGAUGAGACGCGUCAUAACGACAUUGGUGUGGUUCACCUUGACCUUGAUACUGUCAAUUUUUAUACCAAAUAUAGGCGUGGUCAUGGAGAUCCUUGGAGCUUUUGCAGGAGCGUUUAUUUUUAUAUUUCCAGGUCUGUGUUUGUUAAAGACGGUGCAGGAGAGACUAGAAUCAGGCGAGAAACAGGCUAUACUAGUUCACGUUUUAAGAGGGGUCGCCAUAAUUUUUAUCGCUGUUGGUGUAUUUAUAUUUGGGAUCACCUUGUCCAAAGUUAUAAUGAAAGACGUUAAAGGUGUCAAGCCAGACUCAUCCAAAUUCAUGUGUCGCAAUAUAGCUUUGAAACAGGAAACGCAACAUGCUAGCACAAUGCGGAAUUAUGAGUCUGAUAAGGCCGUUGAUGGCAAUAGAAACGCUGACAUGAUGCAAGGCUCAUAUGCUGAACGACAACGUUUGAAGGGCUUUCUUCUCGAGGCUUUCAGUUCAGAUCAAAGAUUGCCUGUUUACCAUUUUAACGACCAAAGUGGAGAAAACAAUGUUCCCAUUUAUGACUGGACAACAAGGAGUUUUACGGCCGAUAACUUGACCAUUACUUCAGGCAUAUCCGAUGGUUCUUUGACACUAUGUGAAGUGGAGAUUUAUGGAGGUAUUAUUGUCUUGUUGACUUGA